AUGAUUUGGAUGUAUCAAACUUUGUAUUUGAUUUUCUUACUUGCUUCUGUUUACAGUGAAUGUGUGACUCAGAUCUAUGAAAAUACUUACUUCCAAGGAGGAGACCUCACUACAGUUUUUACACCGAGUGCCAAUUACUGCCAGGUAGUGUGCACUUACCAUCCUACCUGUCUGCUCUUCACCUAUUUGCCAGUGGAGUGGACUAAAGACCCUGCAAAAAGGUUUUCCUGCUACUUAAAAGACAGUGAUACAGAAAUGCUGCCAAAAGUGGAGAUGGAGGGAGCUAUCUCUGGACAUUCCUUAAAACAGUGUGACAUCCAAAUUAGUGCUUGCAGCCCAAAUGUCCACAGAGGACUGGAUAUGGAAGGAGAAAUUUAUGAUGUUACUAUGGCUGACAGCUAUCAGCAGUGCCAGAAAAGAUGUACCAAUGACAACCAUUGCCAUUUUUUUACAUAUGCCUCAGAAACCUUUCACAAUGCAAGCUUUCGUAAAAAAUGCUUCUUAAAACAUACCAAUGUAGGAACUCCAAACAGCAUAAAGGUGCUUGAUGAGGUUGUGUCUGGAUUCUCUUUAAAGCCAUGCCAGCUUUCUGAAACAGAUUGUCAAACGGACAUUUUUGAAGGUCAAGAAUUUUUAGGAAUGAACAUUACAAGUUUUUUCACUCCUGAUAUCUCUGUCUGCCAAACUAUUUGUACAUAUUUUCCAAAGUGCUUGUUCUUCACGUUCUUUACCAAGGAGUGGCAAAUAGAAUCCCAAAGAAAUCUUUGCCUUCUGAAGACAUCAACAAGUGGGAUACCAGAGGCACUUAUAUCACAAGAAAAAACUGUAUCAGGCUUUGGUCUCCUAAAUUGCAGAAGAUCCUUUCCAGCCUGCAAUUCUCGCACUUACAUGCACAUGAAUUUUUUGGGAGAUGAACUCAAUGUCACUUACACUAAAGGACACAGAGCCUGUCAGCAGCUUUGCACAGAUGUGAUCCGCUGCCAGUUUUUUACCUACUUUCCCCUCCAAGAUUCAUGCAAUGAGGAAAGAAAGUGUGAGUGCCACCUCAGAAUGUCCCCAAAUGGAUCUCCAGUGGAAAUAGCACAUGGGCCAGGAACGAUCUCUGGAUACUCACUAAGAUUAUGUAAAAAAAAAACCAAUACUGUGUGUAUGCAGCAUUCUGCAAGAACAAUUAGGAUUGUUGGAGGGACAGACUCUUCUCCUGGUGAAUGGCCAUGGCAGGUCAGCUUGCAUGUGAAGUUGUCUCGUCAGAGACAUCUCUGCGGGGGCUCUAUCAUCAGCAGCCGCUGGAUUCUUACAGCUGCUCACUGCGUCAUGAGUCUUGAGAAUCCCAACAUUUGGCGUGUUUAUGCCGGUAUUUUAAAACAAACAGAAAUAAAUGAGGAUACACCCUUCUUCAAAGUGGAAGAGAUUAUUGUUCACCCUCAGUAUAAAUACGCACAGACUGGAUAUGACAUUGCUUUAAUGAAACUUGAUAAGCCUAUGAAUUUCACUGAUCUUCAACUACCCAUUUGUCUGCCAUCAAAAGAAGAUACUAACAUACUUUAUACUGACUGUUGGGUAACUGGAUGGGGUUACAGUAAGGAAAAAGGUCGUGUAGAAGAUAUUCUUCAGAAGGCUACUGUUCCUCUCAUGUCAAAAGAGGAAUGCCAGGCAAGGUACCUGAAGCACAGAAUAGGUGACAAAGUGAUCUGUGCUGGUUAUGAUGAAGGUGGAAGGGAUGCUUGUAAGGGAGAUUCAGGAGGGCCAUUGUCAUGCAAGCACGAGGAGUUGUGGUAUCUGGUGGGCAUCACCAGCUGGGGUGAAGGGUGCGCUCGCCCCAGGCAGCCGGGUGUCUACACAAAAGUUGCUGAGUAUUCAGACUGGAUUCUUGAAAAAACUACCUAG